AUGCCUCUCGCUUUUCUCAUCACAGGAGCCACCGGCAAUCAGGGCAGCGCCGUCAUCAACGCCCUGCUCGCCCAGGAACUCGAUGUGGAGAUCCUGGCCGUGACCCGCAACCCGCACUCCAGCGCCUCCCGCCGCUUGACGCAGCGAUCUGCCCAGAUCAAACUGGUUCAGGGCGAUCUCGACCAUCCCGCCCAGAUAUUCGAGAAUGCGAAGAAACUCGCCACAUUGCCAAUUUCUGGAGUGUUCAGCGUGCAGAACCCCUUCGCGCAAGGUCAAGGCGUGCUCAAAGAAGAACACCAAGGCAAAGCCCUCAUCGACGAAGCCCUGGCGCAGCACAUCCCGCACUUCGUCUACAGCUCCGUCGACCGCGGCGGCGACGCCUCGAGCGACAACCCGACAACCAUCCCGCAUUUCCGGAGCAAGCACCGCAUCGAGCAGCACCUGUUCACGCGGACUCGCGAAGCUGAAAUCCAAGCAGCAACAACAACAGCAGCAGCAGACGCGAACAACACCACUGCAACUCCCACUACUACUACCACUACUGCUGCUGCUGCUGCUGCUACUGGCGCGAUGACCUGGACAGUACUGCGCCCAACCUUCUUCUUCGAGAAUCUGGCGCCCACGGCGGGGUUUGCGGGAAAGGUUACUGCAACGGCCUGGGACGCCUACCUGCAGGGUAAGCCGCUGCAGUGCGUCAGCGUGAGUGAUGUAGGCUACUUCGCGGCGAUGGCGCUGGUGCGCGCGGCGCAGUUUCGGAACCAGUGUCUGUCGUUGGCGGGGGAUGAUCUGACCUACGAGCAUCUGCAGCGGACGGUGCGCGCUAAGACGGGCCGGCCGCUGCCGACGACGUACCGGGUGCUGUGUUACUUGGUGCUGUGGGUGAUGGGGGAUCCGAGGACGAUGUUUACUUGGUUCUAUGACCAGGGGUAUGGGGCAGAUAUUCCGCGGUUGAGGAAGUUGUAUCCCGGGUUGAAGAAUCUGGAUGGUUGGUUGGAGGAGAGUGAGUGGGUGAAGAAGCCUUGAUCGAGGGGAGUGGGUUUGGUUUUUUUUGUUCUUUUGGGUUAUGAGAAAAAGAAAAGUUGUUAUCUCGUAUGUUUCGGUGGAUUCGGG